CAGUGGUGAGCUGAUUCCAUGCUUCAUGUUGGAUUCGUCCAUACACCAUGUCCGAUCUCUUGGACUUGGCAUCCACACUGCCCCAAUGCUCUAUAGGAUGCUUAUUCACCGCAUUUCAGAAUGUCGGUUGUGCAAUUACGAAUCAAACCUGCGCCUGCCAUGAUGAAGACCUCACAAAACAAGCGACCGUCUGCAUCCAAGACAGCUGCACCGUCCGGGAGGCUCUGUCGACCAAGAACCUGACUGAUACCUACUGUGGAGUCUCACCAACUACGUCCCCAUUUUAUCCCUACCCUGUAUUCUUGACUUUUACUGCCCUUUGCGCGGUUUCUGUCUUGUUACGGGUCAUCGCGAGGCUGAAGGUGGGGUAUCCAUUCUGGUGGGAUGAUAUAAUUAUCGCUCUGUCUUUUCUAGGAUGUGUUGCAUUUACAACAACUGGACUGAUGAGCAAGCAUUUCAGAGUCCUCGACCUUGGCUUAGGUAUGGAUAUAUGGGCUGUACCUUUCGACGACAUCACAACCAUUUUCAAGGGAAUCUAUGUCAUCUUCGUAAUCUACAUAACGAGCCGACAUCUCGUGCGAGGGUCUAUACUACUGUUUUGCUACCGACUUUUGGGCCAUGACCCUUUCCCAAGGCGGCUGAUACAAUGCACCCUUGCAUUGCUAGUCGCCUUCUGCAUUGCCUUGGACCUCGCCAUUCUGUUUGGGUGUACACCGAUUGACCACUUCUGGAACUCCUGGGAUGAUCAGCACGAAGGUCGCUGUAUCAGCUUGCACGCUGUUUUUUGGGCCGGCGCAGCCAUUGACAUAUCCAUUGACCUCUGGAUCUUGCUCCUUCCCAUUCCCUUUAUCAUGCGGCUCAAGCUCUCGUUCCGCAAAAAGAUUCUGUCAGGAAUAAUGUUCGGUUUUGGAAUUUUUGUCACCGUCGUCAGCCUCUACCGCCUAACCAUGAUCAAUCGCUUCACUUUAUCGCAAAAUCCAACCGCGGACGCUCUGCAGGUCGGAACCUGGUCAGGCCUUGAAAUAUACGUCGGCAUCAUCUGCGCAUGCCUUCCGAAUUUCAACUCGCUACUGAAGCCCGUCUACGCGUGGAUGGGCUGUCGGACACAAUCUCCCCAUACAGGCGGCACUACGUCACGGUCUGGUGCCGGCAGCGCGUUCCAUGGCCGCUCACGCAAAGACGAGCAAUCCGUCUUAGGGUCGACGAUCCGAGCCACGACUGUCAUUCAGAUCGAGGAGCAUGGUUCUCAUGGACACAGCUUGAGCAACGGCAGUAGCGACGGGCUAAUUGGACAAGAUUGUGCCGCAGCAAGCGCGCAGGAUAUCGAACUGGGAAUGGUUACGACGGCCAAUACUACAUGCGAGAGGGCUUGGUCGUGAGUUAAUUCAAAGAGGUUAUAAUGCAAUGCUUCAUUCCACGGUUUACUUUUGUCUUUGAAUUGGUGGGGGGGGCACUUGAAUAGAGUAAUCACUACUAGUUGUGAGCCAUAACUGCAAAGUCCAGCCAAGUAAUGCAGUUGAUGUCGCGAAUAAGCUCACCUGAAUACAAAUAUAACUACAACAACGUGAA